AUGUCCCAGUCGGCUCCUAACGAGGAAUUGACUUCCCCGACCAGUCCCAAGUCGGGCGGUGCAGUUGCCUACCAGAACAACAAGGACCUGCUGCCCAACAUGGCCUCUGGUGCCGUGAUUGCCCCGGCCUCUAUCCCCGUCCGGGGUGGCAGUGACCGGCUCGUGGCCCUCGAGCUGGAGGAUGGCACAGUCUACCAGGGUUACAACUUCGGUGCGGAGAAGAGUGUUGCCGGUGAAUUGGUCUUCCAGACCGGUAUGGUCGGCUACCCCGAGUCCAUCACCGACCCCUCCUACCGCGGUCAGAUCCUGGUCAUCACCUUCCCGCUCAUCGGUAACUACGGUGUGCCGGACCGCGAGCAGAUGGACGAACUGCUCGAGACUCUUCCCAAGCACUUUGAGUCGACUCAGAUCCACGUCUCCGCGUUGGUGGUGGCAACCUACGCCGGCGAGGAUUUCUCCCACUUCCUGGCCCAGUCCUCUUUGGGCCAAUGGCUCAAGGAGCAGGGUGUUCCCGCCAUGCACGGUGUCGACACCCGUGCGCUGACCAAGCGCAUUCGUCAAAAGGGUAGCAUGCUUGGUCGCAUGCUUCUUCAGAACGCCGGCGCCACCAAUGGUGUGGCCGCUGGUGUCGAUGCCGCAAACUGGAAGUCGCACUUUGAGCAGAUCGACUGGGUGGACCCCAACACCAAGAACCUCGUCAAUGAGGUCUCCAUCCGUGAGCCCCGUCUCUUCACACCCCCCGAGAAUGUUGCUCUCAAGCACCCCUCGGGCCGUCCCGUUCGGGUCCUGUGCUUGGACGUCGGUAUGAAACACAACCAGCUCCGCUGCCUGCUUGCCCGUGGUGUCGAGGUCAUGGUCGUCCCUUGGGACUACGACUUCCCUACCCUCGCCGGAAAGGACUACGACGGUCUGUUCGUCUCGAACGGUCCCGGUGACCCUGCGACCCUGACCACUACCAUCAACAACUUGUCCAAGACACUGAAAGAUGCUCGCACGCCUGUCUUUGGUAUCUGUUUGGGCCACCAGCUUAUCGCUCGCUCGGUUGGUGCUACCACUAGCAAGAUGAAGUUUGGUAACCGCGGUCACAACAUUCCCUGCACCAGCUUGAUCUCGGGCAAGUGCCACAUCACCUCUCAGAACCACGGUUACGCCGUGGACGCCUCUAGCCUUCAAGAUGGCUGGGAGGAGUUGUUCGUCAACGCCAACGACGGCAGCAACGAGGGUAUCCGUCACACCACCCGCCCCUUCUUCAGUGUUCAGUUCCACCCGGAGAGCACCCCUGGCCCCCGGGAUACCGAAUAUCUGUUUGACGUCUUCAUCAACACCAUCAAGAAGACCCUUGCCUCUGCCGAGGCUCUCACCAAGCCCGUGGAGUUCCCUGGUGGCCUCAAGGCUGAUAAUAUCAAGGCUGCCCCCCGCGUGCACGUCAAGAAGGUCUUGGUCCUGGGUAGUGGUGGUCUGAGCAUUGGACAGGCUGGAGAGUUCGAUUACUCCGGUAGUCAGGCUAUCAAGGCGCUAAAGGAGGAAGGCAUCUACACGAUUUUGAUCAACCCCAACAUUGCCACCAUUCAGACUUCGAAGGGUCUGGCUGACAAGGUCUACUUCCUGCCCGUUAACGCCGACUUCGUUCGCAAGGUCAUCAAGCACGAGCGCCCCGAUGCCAUCUACGUCACCUUUGGUGGACAGACGGCUCUUCAGGUCGGUAUUCAGCUCAAGGAUGAGUUUGAGUCUCUCGGCGUCCAGGUUCUGGGUACUCCUAUUGAUACCAUCAUCACCACCGAGGACCGUGAGCUGUUCGCUCGUAGCAUGGACUCCAUUCAGGAGAAGUGCGCCAAAUCCGCCUCUGCCUCGACCAUCGAGGAAUCGCUGCAGGUCGUUGAGGGCAUCGGCUUCCCCGUCAUUGUGCGUGCCGCUUACGCCUUGGGUGGUCUUGGCAGUGGUUUCGCCGACAACAUGGAGCAGCUGAAGGAACUGUGCACCAAGGCUUUGGCCGUCAGCCCGCAGGUGCUGAUCGAGCGCAGUAUGAAGGGCUGGAAGGAAAUCGAAUACGAGGUCGUGCGUGAUGCUCAGGACAACUGUAUCACCGUCUGCAACAUGGAGAACUUCGAUCCUCUUGGUAUUCACACUGGUGACUCUAUUGUCGUCGCCCCCUCGCAGACCCUCUCCGACGAGGACUACAAUAUGCUGCGGACAACCGCGGUCAAUGUCAUUCGCCACCUUGGCGUUGUCGGUGAAUGUAACAUCCAGUACGCCCUGAACCCGUUCUCCAAGGAAUACUGCAUCAUCGAAGUCAACGCCCGUCUGUCCCGUUCCUCGGCACUUGCCUCUAAGGCUACUGGGUACCCGCUUGCCUUCAUUGCCGCUAAGCUGGGUCUAGGAAUUCCACUCAACGAGAUCAAGAACUCCGUCACCAAGUCCACUUGCGCUUGCUUCGAGCCCUCGCUUGAUUACUGCGUUGUUAAGAUCCCCCGCUGGGAUCUUAAGAAGUUCACUCGUGUUUCGACCCAGCUUGGUUCGUCCAUGAAGAGUGUCGGUGAAGUCAUGAGCAUUGGUCGCACUUUCGAAGAAGCCAUCCAGAAGGCCAUCCGGUCCGUUGAUUUCCACAACCUGGGUUUCAACGAGACCAGUGCUCUUAUGUCCAUCAAGGGCGAGCUCCAGACUCCUUCCGAUCAGCGUCUAUUUGCCAUUGCCAACGCUAUGCACGCUGGCUACAGCGUUGAUGACAUCUGGAAGCUGACCAACAUCGACAAAUGGUUCCUGAGCCGCCUCAAGGGCCUGAGCGACUUUGGCAAGUCCAUGGUUGCCUUCAAUGCCACCACUGUUCCCAUCGACAUGAUCCGCCAGGCCAAGCAGCUUGGUUUCUCGGAUCGCCAGCUUGCCAAGUUCUUGAGCUCCAAUGAGCUGGCCAUUCGUCGCAUGCGUGUCGAGGCAGGCAUCAUGCCUAUUGUCAAGCAGAUCGAUACUGUCGCUGCUGAAUUCCCAGCUGUGACCAACUACCUUUACCUGACUUAUAAUGCCUCUGAGCACGAUCUUAGCUUUGAUGAUCACGGUAUUAUGGUCCUGGGCUCUGGUGUUUACCGUAUUGGUUCUUCGGUCGAAUUCGAUUGGUGCUCAGUCCGCACCAUCCGCACUCUCCGCGAGCAGGGCCACAAGACUAUCAUGGUUAACUACAACCCUGAGACUGUCAGUACCGACUACGACGAGGCUGACCGCCUGUACUUCGAGAACAUCAACUUGGAGACUGUUCUUGACAUUUACCAGCUGGAGGCUUCGAGCGGUGUGAUCAUCUCUAUGGGUGGCCAGACCCCGAACAACAUUGCUCUGCCCCUGCACCGCCUUAAUGUCAACAUUCUGGGUACCUCGCCCGAGAUGAUUGAUGGUGCCGAGAACCGUUACAAGUUCUCGCGCAUGCUGGACCGUAUCGAGGUUGACCAGCCUGCCUGGAAGGAACUGACCAGCAUUGACGAGGCCCGCGACUUUUGCGACAAGGUCGGCUACCCCGUGCUGGUCCGUCCCUCCUACGUCCUUUCCGGUGCUGCCAUGAACACUGUCUACUCCGAGCACGAUCUGGCUAGCUACCUGAACCAGGCUGCUGAUGUCUCUCGAGAGCACCCUGUCGUCAUCACCAAGUACAUUGAGAACGCUAAGGAAAUUGAGAUGGAUGCUGUGGCCCGUAACGGUGUCAUGGUCGGCCACUUCAUCUCAGAGCACGUCGAGAACGCUGGUGUUCACUCUGGUGAUGCAACCCUCAUUCUGCCUCCUCAGGAUUUGAGUGAGGAGACUGUCCGUCGUAUUGUGGAGGCGACUCGCAAGAUUGGUAACGCUCUGAACGUUACUGGUCCUUACAACAUCCAGUUUAUUGCCAAGGACAAUGACAUUAAGGUCAUUGAGUGCAACGUCCGCGCCUCGCGUUCGUUCCCCUUCGUGUCCAAGGUCAUGGGCGUGGACCUGAUCGAGAUGGCCACCAAGGCUAUGAUCGGCAUUCCGUUCACCGAGUACCCCCCUGUCAACGUUCCCAAGGACUACGUUGGUGUCAAGGUGCCGCAAUUCUCGUUCUCGCGUCUCUCUGGUGCUGAUCCUGUGCUGGGUGUUGAAAUGGCCUCGACUGGUGAGGUCGCCUCUUUCGGCCGUGACAAGUACGAGGCCUACCUCAAGGCCCUUCUGUCCACUGGCUUCCGUCUCCCUAAGCGCAACAUCCUCUUCUCUAUUGGUUCGUACAAGGAGAAGUUGGAGAUGCUGCCUUCCAUCCAGAAGCUGUCCAACCUCGGAUACAACCUGUUUGCUACUUCCGGUACCGCUGAUUUCCUGAAGGAGAACGGUGUUUCCGUCAAGUACCUGGAGCAUCUGCCUGGUGAGGAGGAUGAUAUCAAGUCUGAGUACUCUCUGACCCAACACUUGUCGAACAACCUCAUCGAUCUUUACAUCAACUUGCCGUCCAACAACCGCUUCCGCCGCCCCGCCAACUACAUGUCGAAGGGUUACCGCACCCGUCGCAUGGCUGUGGACUACCAAACUCCCCUGGUCACCAACGUCAAGAAUGCGAAAAUCCUGAUUGAGGCUAUCGCCCGUCACUUCACUCUGGACAUCCAGACCUCUGACUUCCAGACCAGCCACCGCACUGUGGUCCUCCCCGGUCUGAUCAACAUUGCUGCGUUCGUCCCAGAUCUUGUUACCCCCGGUUCCAAGGACUUCGAAUUGGUCACCAAGGCCUCGAUCGCUGCUGGUUUCAGUAUGGUCCGUGUGAUGCCGGUGGGCGUGGACAGCUCCGUCACCGAGGCCAGUGACCUGAAGAUCGUUCAGCUGAACGCUCAAGACAAGUCCUACUGCGACUUCAAUGUCUCUGUUGCUGCUACUGCCAACAACUCUGACCAGGUUACUCAGGUCACCAGCGAGGUUGGCUCCCUGUUCAUCCCCUUCAAUCAUCUCUCGGGCAACAUCAACAAGGUGGCUACUGUAACCAACCACUUCGGAGCCUGGCCCUCGAACAAGCCUCUGAUCACCGAUGCCAAGGGCACCGACCUGGCCUCCAUCCUGCUUCUGGCGUCUCUGCACAGCCGCAACAUCCACGUCAUGAGCGUGACCUCCAAGGAGGACAUCAAGCUCAUUGCGUUGAGCAAGGAGAAGGGCCUGAAGGUGACUUGCGACGUUUCCAUCUUCUCCCUGUUCCUUUCUCAGGAGGACUUCCCGGCCUGCAGCUCCCUUCCUUCAGCUGAGGACCAGAAGGCUCUGUGGGACCACAUGAGUACCAUCGAUGUCUUCUCGAUCGGUAGCAUCCCAUUCCAGCUUGCUGGCAAGGAAGCCUCGCCUGUGGCCGGUAUUGCUGAGUCGCUUCCUCUACUCUUCACUGCUGUCGCAGAGGGCCGCCUGACCGUGGAGGACGUCACCGCUCGUCUCUAUGAGAACCCGAAGAAGAUUUUCGAGUUGCACGACCAGGCUGAUACCUCGCUCGAGAUCGAGAUUGACCGCCCGUACAUGUUCCAGAGCCGCGACGUCUGGUCUCCGUUUAACGGCAAGAUGAUGCGCGGUUCAGUCCAGCGGGUCAUUUUCCAGGGCAAGACCUCUUGCCUUGACGGUGCCGUCACCAAGGACGCCGCCAAGGGUACCGACAUGUCUUCCCACCGGAUCGUUCCCACAUCGCCUGUGCAGAAGCCCAUGACUCCCAUGGUUCGUCCCGAGAGCUCGCUUGACCGCCAUGCGUCCGUUUCGGGCACCCCGGGUCGUCGUACCCGCGCUCUGGAUGCCGUUGUUCCGUCUGUUGGCGAGCUUGGCCCCCCUCUGUACCCCUCUUCGCAGGUGUCCUCCUCGCUGUACGAUAUGCUCGCGCGCUCUCCUUUCCGUGGCAAGCACGUGCUGUCCGUGAACCAGUUCUCUCGUGCGGACCUGCACCUGCUGUUCACCGUCGCCCAGGAGAUGCGUCUUGGUGUUCAGCGCCAGGGUGUUCUUGACAUCCUCAAGGGUCGCGUUCUGUGCACUCUCUUCUACGAGCCCUCGACCCGCACCUCGGCCUCGUUCGAUGCCGCUAUGCAACGUCUAGGUGGACGGACUAUCGCCAUCUCCACCGAACACUCCUCCACCCAGAAGGGCGAGACUCUGCAGGACACCAUCCGCACUCUCGGCUGCUAUGGUGAUGCCGUUGUUCUGCGCCACCCCAGCCCCACCAGCACCGAUGUCUCGGCCAAGUUCUCCCCUGUACCCGUCAUCAACGGUGGCAACGGCUCCAUUGAGCACCCGACCCAGGCCUUCCUGGACCUCUUCACUAUCCGUGAGGAGUUGGGUACCGUCAACGGCCUGACCAUCACCUUCACUGGUGAUCUUAAGUACGGCCGCACUGUGCACUCCUUGAUGAAGCUGCUCCGCUUCUACGAAGUCAGCGUCCAGCUCGUCUCCCCCAAGGAGCUGGCUCUUCCUGAGGAGAUCCGCCAGCAGCUCGUGUCCUCUGGCAAGCUCAUCUGCGAGUCUGAGGAGCUGACUCCUGAGAUCGUUGCUCGCUCCGACGUCCUGUACUCUACUCGUGUGCAGAAAGAGCGCUUCGCCGACCUCGCCCAGUACGAGCGUCUGAAGAACAGCUUCGUCAUCGACAACGCUCUGCUCAAGCACGCCAAGAGCCACAUGAUUGUCAUGCACCCGCUGCCCCGGAACGCCGAGAUUUCCGAAGAGGUCGACUUUGACCAGCGGGCUGCUUACUUCCGCCAGAUGAGAUACGGCCUGUACUGCCGCAUGGCGCUGCUGGCUCUGGUCCUGGCGCCGUAG